GUGUGAAUUCACACGGACUUGCACGUCGGCAGUAAGUUUGGCGGCCGCGCCGUGUCUCCAGUGUUGUGUUUAGACGGAGCCGUCCCACCUUCUGGAGAGGGAGUGUUGUGGAGGAGCCACGUGUACAGGAAGUGGACUCUGACAGCCUGACUGCCUGACUGGAACCACUGAGGUCUGUUUGAAGAGGACCUCACCGCUAAUAUUAUUAGUAGCAUCAGCUGGAUGGCAACCAUGGCUACUUGGAGGAAACUGUGGUGCAGGAACCUGCUGGCUGUGUCCGUGCUUCUCUCUGCCCUGCUCCUCUCCGUGGAUGUUCACGCCCGUCCGGCCAACAUGUCAGCCGUCAAAGACAAGGCUCCUGCCGGCAAGGACGAGAACGAGAUCCUUCCCCCGGACCACCUGAACGGGCUGAAGAUGGAGAUGGACGGACACCUCAACAAGGACUUCCAUCAGGAGGUUUUCCUCGGGAAAGAGAUCGAGGAGUUUGAAGAGGACUCAGAGCCGAGGAGGAACAGGAAGAAGCUCAUCGACAUCUUCACCAAAGUUGACUUCAACAAAGACAAGAGUGUGAGUGCCAAGGAGAUGCAGCGCUGGAUAAUGGAGAAGACGGAGGAGCACUUCCAGGAGGCCGUGAAGGAGAACAAGAACAGCUUCCGUGCUGUUGACCCGGACGGCGAUGGUCACGUGACAUGGGACGAAUACAGAAUCAAAUUUCUGGCCAGCAAAGGUUUCAACGAAAAAGACAUUGCGGAGAAAGUAAAGCACAAUGAAGAUCUGAAGCUGGAUGAGGAAACUCAGGAGGUCCUGGAAAGCCUGAAGGACCGCUGGUUUCAGGCUGACAACCCUCCAGCUGACCAGCUGCUGAACGAGCAGGAGUUCCUGUCGUUCCUCCAUCCAGAGCACAGCAGGGGCAUGCUCAAGUACAUGGUCAAGGAGAUUGUGCGAGACUUGGACCAAGACGGUGAUAAGAAACUGACCAUGUCGGAGUUCAUCUCUUUACCUGUGGGCACCGUGGAGAACCAGCAGGCUCAGGACAUCGACGACGACUGGGUCCGGGAGAGGAAGAAGGAGUUUGAGGAUGUCAUCGAUUCAAACCGCGACGGCAUCGUAACCAUGGAGGAACUGGAGGAGUACAUGGAUCCAAUGAACGAACACAACGCUUUGAACGAGGCCAAGCAGAUGAUCGCUGUGGCAGACGAGAACCAGAAUCACAACCUGGAGCUGGAUGAGAUCCUCAAAUACAGCGAAUACUUCACAGGCAGCAAGCUCAUGGAUUACGCCAGAAACGUUCACGAGGAGUUCUGAAGACAGACUCACCCUCCCCCCUCUCCUACAUCACCUUCAGGGACAAGCCUACAAAGAGGUUGAGGGGGGGAAUCACCAUAACAAUAAAAUAUUCUAGUGUGCAAUUCAGUGUUUAAAAACUCGGCAUCGACAGCCUCCAUCACCGCUGGCUCCACUUAAUGCUCCCCUCCUUCAGCCCUGGACCAUCAGCCUUCUGCGUUGCCAUCGGACGUUUUGACUUUUAAAUUUUUCCCUUAAAUUUGAGGCGAUGCACCAGUUCCAAAUUAAUUUAUGUGAUAUUGUGAGAUUUGUGUAUAUCAGGACUUUUAUCCCUAACUUCAUCUUCAGUUGCAGCUCAGUGAGUUGUUUGUUCCACUGCAUCUGUUGUUUUUAGCUGGCGCGUCUGGCUUCUGUGUAAAUAGUCACAUCUGUCACAAACUAAUGCCUCUGUUAGGGAUAAAAUGCUGAACCCUUAGAUAAAUACUACAGCCUUGUUGAAAAGACACAAAUGAUGUGUUACUAUUGUGUUCUCCUAAUCCAGCAUUGUUUCCACAAUAGUUUGUAUCCGUCCUUCCACAGUAAUUAAAAGCAGCCGUUACAACAAGCAGUAAACCAACUUAGGACAGAGUUAAAUAAAAAAAAAAUAAUUAAAGAUUAUAAUUACAGAUUAUUAGUUGCUCAAAAUGUAGGAAAAAUAUUAAUAUAUGAGAACAAUGUGUGUGAUGUUCUGACCCAUUGAUGGAAAAUCACAGGUGUCAUCCACAAUGAUAACAAUAGCACCUAAAUGAGAUUCAGCCAUUAGCAACAUGAUUUCAUCUGUGUCCGUUCAAAAUGUUCCCUCGGAUUAAAGCCUGGUGUUUUGUUCUUCACUACAAGUUGUCUAGUCUACGAAUUUAUUCGACUGGUUUCAUCUGAACCAGCUGCAUCUCUCACCGUCACACAGGUGUAUUUAUUUAGUCCUCACCUCGCUUAGCUCGUCAUCACUUUGACGAAGUCUUGAAUGCUGACGGCUAAUAUAUGUAAUUGUUUUCAAAUGCAUGGACAAAUAAUAGUUAUAUUCCUUGGAUUUUCGUUGCAGUUCUCAGUAACCUGUGGAGACUUUGGAUCCUGCUGCAGUUUCUCCUGCCGAUAUGGUCCGACUGUAAAAUAAGAUUUAUGAUAACAGAAUGUGACGCAGCUUUAUAAAAAACUACCGCAAAUAUACCAAUAAAUGAAUAUUUCUACCAAAUGAA